AUGCCACAUUCUCGCAACUCCAACGGGGUUGCAAAUCCUGCCUAUAGUCGUGAUGGCAACGAAACGCCAGAAAGGGCUGGUGGCCGACGCUCAAGGCCCAAAAUAUCGCAGGUUAUUGUCACCCGUCCACAUUACCAACAGGAGGAUCUCAACAAUGCCUUCAAUUACUUCAAACCGAAGUCCAGUUUCUACCAGGACGCAAUGGAAAGCAUGCGCGAGAUGGACACCAAAACGUGUGUUACGGGGUUAUUUCCGAUCUUCAAAUGGCUUCCUGAGUAUUCGUUUCCUAGCGAUUUCAUUGGAGACCUCAUCAGUGGCUUAACGGUCGGUGUGAUGCACAUACCACAGGGAAUGGGAUAUGCACUUAUAGCGAACAUGCCUCCAAUCACUGGAAUCUAUACAGCAUUCUUCCCCGUUUUAAUUUACUUUUUGCUAGGCACGUCGAGACAUAAUUCCAUGGGUACAUUGGCCGUAGUUUCUAUCAUGACCGGUAAAGUUGUCUACAAUCACUCUGGCGAGGGUUCCAACUACUCCAACCUGGAGGUCGGAACUGCGUUGUGUUUUUUAGUCGGUAUAAUUCAGCUUGUAAUGUGUCUUCUCAGGAUGGGUGCAGCAUCAUUUUUACUGUCCGAAGCAUUGGUUUCCGGAUUCACCACUGGUGCGGCAGUGUACGUGUUUACAUCGCAAAUGAAGGACAUUUUGGGUGUUACACUUCCGCCGCUGGGUAGUAGAUUCGAAAUUGUUUAUACUUAUUACGAACUUGGGAAAAGAAUACCUGAUACAAAUCUGGUGAAUUUGGGAAUGGCGAGUGUUGCCAUCAUAAUACUGUUGAUCAACAAUGAGAUCAUUAAGCCACGCUUAGCCAAACUGUGCGUCAUUCCAAUCCCGAUCCAGCUCAUUCUCGUUGUCAGUGGCACCCUGUUAUCGAUUCAGUUUAAUCUAAAAGAAAAUUAUGGAUUAAAAGUAGUUGGAUCAAUUCCUCAAGGGCUGCCAGCACCUAAACUUCCUAAUUUCGACAUUAUACCAGAAAUUCUCACGGAAAGCAUUACAGUAGCGAUCGUUGGUUACACCGUAUCUGUAUCGUUGGGGAUCAUAUUUGCAAAAAAAGAACACUAUGAAAUUGGCUUUAACCAAGAACUGCUGGCACUGGGGGCAGGCAAUGUAUUCGGAUCGUUCUUCUCGUGCUACCCGUUUGCAGCAUCAUUGUCCCGUGCUGCGAUCCAGUAUUUGGCAGGCGGAAAAACGCAAAUUACUGGUCUCGUUUCAUGCAGCUUACUGGCGGUAGUGUUACUGUUCGUAGCAUCGUUUUUCCAACCGUUGCCCCGGUGCAUUCUAGCCAGUAUUAUUGCCGUAUCGGUGCAAGGCUUGUUGAUGCAAUCUAGAGAUCUACCAAAGUUCUGGCGGCAGGGAUUCUUCGAUGGCGUUACUUGGAUACUUACCUUUUUGUCAGUGGUGUUUAUAUCAAUUGACGUUGGUUUGCUGGUUGGAUUUGUACUCAGCGUUUCAAGCAUUUUUUUCCGAGCACUCAAACCGUACAUGUGCCAGAUGGGUAAUGUGCCCAAUUCGGAUGUAUACUUGGAUAUAACUCGCUACGAAGGGUUGAUCGAGCAUCGUGGCAUCAAGAUCAUACAUUACAGCGGUGGACUCCAUUUUGCUUCACGUGCCGUGUUCAAAAACAACAUCUGCCAGUUUCUUAAUAUAAACCUAGCCGAAGAAACGAAACGGCGCAAAGCGCCAGAUUUCGUUGCAGCGGACGAUGCAAUCAAGUUCCUAAUACUGGACUUUACAGCCCUCAGCUAUAUUGACCCUUCUGCCAUCUCAACAUUUAAAACGUUCGUAAAGGAACUGGAGGUAGUCGAUGUACAAACUCUGCUCGCCGGCUGUUCACCAUUGGUGUUUGAAAAGAUGAAGAAAUGCAACUUUAUCGGUGGCGAGGAACAUUACGUUCGCACUUAUCCGACUAUUCACGAUGCCGUCCACUACGCCCAGAAGCAGUUGAGAUUGCGAGCUGGCGUUGUGUCGCAAAUGAUUGAAGAAGUACGAUUGUAA